GGAAGGACUAGCUCGGAAGCGGCGGCCGGCGGCGGCGGCAUGGAGCCCCUGCGGGUCCUGGAGCUGUACAGCGGCAUUGGGGGUAUGCACCACGCUCUAAGAGCAUCAGAAUGCUGUUGGGAGAUGAACUAGAAGUGUAUAAAUGUUCCACUUCAGGCCUGGCUCCUCCUGGCCUGGGUGUCCACCUACAAUCUGAGAUCUGGCUAGAAAAUUGAGGAAGGGAGGAAAGAAAGUUGUAUACCUGCACAAGUGGUGGCUGCAGUUGAUGUAAACACUGUUGCUAAUGAGGUGUACAAGUACAAUUUUCCUCACACACAGCUCCUGGCCAAGACAAUUGAGGGCAUUACGCUAGAAGAGUUUGACAGAUUAUCUUUCAAUAUGAUUUUAAUGAGCCCUCCCUGUCAGCCAUUCACAAGAAUUGGUCUGCAAGGUGAUGUGACUGAUCCAAGGACGAACAGCUUCUUAUAUAUUCUAGACAUUCUCCCAAGAUUACAAAAAUUACCGAAGUAUAUUCUUUUAGAAAACGUUAAAGGUUUUGAAGUGUCUUCUACAAGAGACCUGUUAAUACAAACAAUAGAAAAUUGUGGCUUUCAGUACCAAGAAUUUCUAUUGUCUCCAACCUCUCUUGGCAUUCCAAAUUCAAGGCUACGGUAUUUCCUUAUUGCAAAGCUUCAGUCAGAGCCGCUCCCUUUUCAAGGCCCUGGUCAGAUACUGAUGGAGUUUCCCCAAAUUGGAUCUGAAGAUCCACAAAAACAUGAGAUAGCUGCAGAAAAGAAAAUCGAAUCAAGUAUUUGCUUUGAUAACAGCACACACUGUUCUGGAAAAGAGGCCAUUCUUUUUAAGCUUGAAACUGCAGAAGAAAUUGACAGGAAACAUCAACAGGACAGUGAUCUCUCUGUGCAAAUGCUAAAGGAGUUUCUGGAAGAUGACAUUGACAUGAACUCAUACUUUUUACCACCAAAGUCGUUACUGCGAUAUGCUCUUUUGUUAGACAUUGUUAAGCCCACUUCUAGAAGGUCCAUGUGCUUUACAAAAGGUUACGGACGCUACGUAGAAGGGACAGGAUCUGUGUUACAGACUACAGAGGAUGUGCAGAUUGAGAAUGUCUACAAAUCACUUACCAGUUUGUCACAAGAAGAAAAGAUAACAAAAUUGUUAACGCUCAAACUUCGAUUCUUCACUCCUAAAGAAAUAGCAAAUCUCCAUGGAUUUCCUCCAGAGUUCGGAUUUCCUGAGAAGAUUACAGUCAAACAGCGUUAUCGUCUACUUGGAAAUAGUCUCAACGUGCAUGUAGUAGCUAAACUAAUCAAAAUCCUAUAUGAGUAAUUUUUAAAUAACUCUGAGAGAUGGUCACAGUAUUCCAUCAUAUCCAGAUGGUAAUUUUGAAAUUCUAUUUUGAAUUAAUUUGGACAAAAUUCAAUUAACUUAUCUUAAUCUCUCUUUGAUAUGAAAUUGAGAUUUAUCAGAAAAAUGCCAGUUUGUUUCCUUAUAUUUAUAUUGCUGUGUUUUGUAAGGUGAAAAUUAUUGUUAUGCUUUAGGAGAAUAUAUUUUUAUAUGAAAUAAUUAAAUAUAUGUAAAAUAUUCUCUUUAUAGUAUGGUAUAGACAAAUUUAGGCACUUCAGAAUUUUAAUGUCUGAAUAUUUUAUAAAGCAUCAUAACAGGCAUAUGAACCUGAGAAAUUGUGUAUUUGUGCAUAUUAAUUAAAGAAGUCGCUUUAUGAA